GGCGGUGGCUCCGCGCGUCCCGGCAAGCCCAGCAGCCCCGGGGCGGAUGGCUCCGGCCUCCUGGCUCCGCAGCGCGGCCUCGCGCGCCCUCCUGCUCCCGUCGCUGCUGCUGCUGCUGCUGCUGCUCCAGCCGCCGCUGCUGCUGGCCCGGGCUCGGCCGCUGAAUGCCCACCACCGCCAUGCUGAGAGGAGGGGGCCACAGCCCUGGCAUGCAGCCCUGUCCAGUAGUCUGGCACUUGCUCCUGCCACGCAGGAGGCCCCCCGGCCUGCCAGCAGCCUUAGGCCUCCCCGCUGCGGCGUACCUGACCCACCCAAUAGGCUGAGUGCCCGCAACCGACAGAAGAGGUUUGUGCUGUCUGGCGGGCGCUGGGAGAAGACGGACCUCACCUACAGGAUCCUCCGGUUUCCAUGGCAGCUGGUACAGGAGCAGGUGCGGCAGACGAUGGCAGAGGCCCUAAGGGUGUGGAGCGACGUGACACCACUCACCUUCACUGAGGUUCAUGAGGGCCGUGCUGACAUCAUGAUCGACUUUGCCAGGUACUGGCAUGGAGACAACCUGCCGUUUGAUGGGCCUGGGGGCAUCCUGGCCCAUGCCUUCUUCCCUAAGACCCACAGAGAAGGGGACGUCCACUUCGACUAUGAUGAGACCUGGACUGUCGGGGACGACCAGGGCACAGACCUGCUGCAGGUAGCAGCCCAUGAAUUUGGCCAUGUUCUGGGGCUGCAACACACAAAAGAAGCCAAGGCCCUGAUGUCUGCUUUCUACACCUUUCGCUACCCACUGAGUCUCAGCCCAGAUGACCGCAGGGGCAUCCAACACCUAUAUGGCCAGCCCCGGCCCACUGUCUCCCCCAGGACCCCAGCCCAGGGCCCCCAGGCUGGGAUAGACACCAAUGAGAUUGCACCGCUGGAGCCGGAAGCCCCACCAGAUGUCUGUGAGGCCUCCUUUGACGCGGUUGCCACCAUCCGAGGCGAGCUCUUUUUCUUCAAAGCGGGCUUCGUGUGGAGACUGCGUGGGGGCCAGCUGCAGCCUGGCUACCCGGCAUUGGCCUCUCGCCACUGGCAGGGACUGCCCAGCCCUGUGGAUGCUGCCUUCGAGGAUGCCCAGGGCCACAUUUGGUUCUUCCAAGGUGCUCAGUACUGGGUAUACGACGGUGAGAAGCCAGUCCUGGGCCCUGCACCCCUCACCGAGCUGGGCCUGGUGAGGUCCCCGGUCCAUGCUGCCUUGGUCUGGGGUCCCGAGAAGAACAAGAUCUACUUCUUCCGAGGCAGGGACUACUGGCGUUUCCACCCCAGCACCCGGCGUGUAGACAGUUCUGUGCCCCGCAGGGCCACUGACUGGCGAGGUGUACCUUCUGAGAUCGACGCUGCCUUCCAGGAUGCUGACGGUGCGCUGGGGGAGGGGCAGCUGGUGGGAGGUGGGCGCAGCAGCCUCAUGUCCCACAUGCCUGCAACAGGAGGCCUGGUUCUUCAUUACAGGUCCUUUGUCCAGUGCCAUCUGCCCUCCUCUCGGUGGCCGGGUAGUGUUGCAGACAAGGAGACAGGGUCAGAGAGGGGCAAGGUCUUACCCUGGUUCCUCAGCCACAGCUAGUAGAACAAUCAACUGCUGUGCACUGAGAGCCAACAAUGCUCUAAGCUCCUUAGUGGUCCCAUCCAGUUCCUAGAACAGCCCUCUGAUGUGACACCUGUUGUCAACCCAGUUUCCGGAGGAGCAAACAGAGGCUCGGGCCCUGAGGCCCCUAACCUGGCCUUCCACCCUGGUGGUCCCUGCUCCUAACCACUGACCCACCCAGUCUCCCACAACCACAGAGGGCCGGGACUCGAAGUCCAGUACUCCCUCUGCUGCUGGGCCCCUCUUCUGUCCUCUGUCUCCCACAUCAGGACUGGCUGGGAGAGCUAUCCUACGGCAGCCUCCAGCCCCAGGACUCCAGGAUGCCCAUCAAUAUCCUGGCUAGCGGGUACAGGAGAGUAUGAUGUGGAGGGUGGUGGGGGCAAUGGGACUGAGAGGUGGGACUCGGGCCUCUGAGGCUCUGGGUACCUGUCAGGCUGAGUACUAACCCAGCCCAGACUCUGGGGCAGGCAGAAGGGCUCCCUAGAGGGAAGAGAGGUUCUGAAAGGUUGGCCCUGGAUUCUCCUUCCUCGAGGAACUCAGCAGUGGCCAAGGCCUGCCCACGCAGCCCUCCCUUAGUGCCUAUCCCUGGCACAGCCUGACAGGCAGGAUUAGGGCCCAGUGUCCACUCGCCCAGGCUUGACCACGUUCUCUUCUCAGGCUACGCCUACUUCCUGCGCGGCCGCCUCUACUGGAAGUUUGACCCUGUGAAGGUGAAGGCUCUGGAAGGUUUCCCCCGUCUUGUGGGUCCUGA